CGAGUAACCGUGGAGCUCCGGUUUGUCAGCAAUAGUGAAACAGGUAACUUCAUUAAAGUAUGCUACCUGUCUCCAGACGACUUGUCAAAUCAGGUCCAAUGCAGAGUGCAGGUGAUGAGGAAGGGAGGGAGGAAGGCUCCAGCCGAAAUGAGAGAGACACCAACCUGCAGGAUGAAGGUGACAAAGCAGAGGAGGGUGCCACUGAACCGUCAGCUCCAGAGGGUGACUCACAGGAUCAGUCAGCACCUCAGUCUGAUGACACCGUCCCUCAGCCUCACCCUGAUCUCAUCAUAGUGGAUGAAUACAACCCAGCAGCCAGAAAUUCAGUGCAAGAAAAUGAGGCUCAUCUUUUAAAUCUAAAUACAUCAGAGGCCAUGGAGGAUCAGCAACCCCCUCCAGAAGACGAGGAGGAGGAGGACGAGUUCAUUGUUCUUGAUCCUGAACAUCCGCUAGUCAGAAGGCAACAAGCUGCUCUGAGCAUUCAGCUCAAUAAACAGCUGGAGAGGAUCAAUCUGGAGCUGAAGGAAAAGCUGGCAGUAGAGAAGGCAGUCACCAGCCACAUGCAGGAAGUAGGUGUUGAGAUGUUCACGGUCCAGGAGCAGCUGGCCAGACUGCAGAACAAGCUGGAGGACGGUCAUCAGACCAAGGCACAGGCUGAAGCCAAGCAUCGGCAGACACAGGAUCAGCUGGAGACGAUAAAGAGCCAGUAUUCCUGUACCAUCAGCCAGGACAGAGAAGCUGAAGCCAGUGUGUCCCGGCUACAAACAGAGUUAGACAACGUGAUGCAACACCUCCUGUUCACGCAAGGAGUCAGUGAGGAUCUGCACUCUAAAGUCAAAAUCAUGAACAAUGCCAGACGCAAAGCAGGAGCUGAGAAAACUCAGGCAGAAGAACAGAAAAUGAAGCAGGAUUUAUAUGUUGAGCGUCUAACAAAGGACAUGGAGAGACUGAAGCAGCAGAUAGAAAUGUAUGAGGCCCAGACCAGUGCUCAAGCGGAAGAGACUCUGGCAACUAAAGAGGCCCUGUCUGAGGCUGAGAUGGAAAUGGAGUCGUUGUUGGUGACACGUAAACAGCUGCUGCAGCAGUGGAACAGCAGCCUGACGGGCAUGAGGAGGCGAGAUGAGGCGUUCAGCGCAAUGCAAGAUGCCAUGUGUGAGAUUGAACACCAGGUGAUUUUGCUGGACAGAGAGAUUGAAGGCUACAAGAAAUCCAUCACUGCAGAACAGGACCAAAAUGAGACACUGACCAUCCAGCUGAACUGGUCUCAGAUGGAUUGUACCACGUCCAAGAAGCUGAUCAGUCAGAAACAGGCCCAGCAGGAGGCUCUGCAGGCCCACUACAGCACCUGCAUCCGAACUCUGCGCCAGACAGAGCAAACCCUCACCACACUCAAGAAGGAAGCCAGUGCCCAGCAGACUGAACUGAACGAUCAGAGGAGGCAGCUGGAGAAGGAGAGUUCUGUGCGUCUGGACCUGGAGAAGAAGAUUGUGACCAACAUGCAGCAGAAGCUCACACACAACAAGGCUGCCAAGUACUCCCAAAGGCUGACCAGCAAGAUGGCCUCUCACAAGAAGGAGAAGAUGUGUCAGCUGCAGCAGUUGGAGAAUGAGAUAUUGACAGUGAGACUACAGAACCAACAGGUCGACCAACAUGUGAACAGUUUGGCCGUGACCCAGCAGGCCCUGGAUGAGGAGAUUGCAAAUUACAACAAGUUGCUGACCUUAAAUCAGAAUAACGUUUCCUCAUUUGUUACACUCAUCAACCAGAAGCAAACAGCAAUCGCCACCUGCAAGACCAACAUCUGUCAAAUCACAUCCAGCACUGGGCAUGAUGACCUGAGCCCUCUGCAAAUUAAGAUACAGGCAGUCAUGGGUCAGAUUGAGGAUCUUGCUGUGAAUAUCAAGAGCGACCAGCAGCUCUGGAUGAGACAGCAGGAAACACUGGUGGGACUGACCCAGGAGAUAGAGUCCAACAGCAGGCAGAUGCUCAAACUGCAGACAGACUACACUGCAAUGCACCAGAAGAAAAUCCGUUUGCAGAGUCAAAUUGAAUCCGAGCACCGAGAGGAGAAGGAGCUGGAGAAAAACCUGAAGACACUGAAGAGAGACUUGGUGAAACUCAACACCCUGCUGAGUAAAAAUGGACAGCUCAGCCAUGCUCUGGAGCAGGAAAACGCACUCACGGAGAUGGACUUUGUUCACAGACUUAAGGAGGCUGAGCGGGGGUGUAUUGAGGUGCAGAUGAAGCACGAGAAGACGCAUGAAGAAAAAGAGAGGCUGCUCAACAGUCUGCUGGAAGCUGAGCGACAAAUCAUGCUGUGGGAGAAGAAGAUCCAGCUUGUAAAAGAGACUCGCUCAGUCGUGGACACAGAGGUACGACAGGGAGAGAUCCAGGUGAUGAAAGCCGAAAUACACCGUAUGGAGGUGCGACUCAACCAGCUGAUGAAGCAGCGGGAGCGGCUGCUGAGAGAGAGCGAAGCAACCGUGGCGAGGAGGGAAACCAUCGUCCUGCGCAGGGAGGCCAUGGUCCACAACUCCCACAAACAGACCACUAAAGGCGACCUGAGCCGCCUCAUACAGGGCCUGCAGCGCAAGACCCAGGAAACGCACAAGCAUGCGGAAGAGUGUGAGCAGGUGAUCAGGGAGCUGAGCCAGAGCCAGGUGAGUUUGAGCGACAACCUCAAGAAGCAGAAGCAGCAGCUGAUUGAACUGUGCGGCAAUGGAUACAUGCUGGACUCUGACUUUGAAAAUCUCCAGGACACUAAAGACAGAAAACUGGCCCACCUAGUGGCUCUGCAAAGUCGGACCAAGAGACUGCAGGGAGUGUGUAAAGGCAGCUACAAGGCCUUUUCCAGCAGCGAGUCAGUGGGAGAAGCUCUGCAGGGCCAGAUGGAGCGAAUGCAUGCUGCCAGCGCCAUCCUGCACCGCAUUUGUGAGGAAUUCCCCCAACACCAGGGGGCGCUGCGCAAGACAUUAAAGACACUGGCAGAACUAACACAGCAAGAGCAGAAGGGAACUUGGGAGUCAGGGUAAGAUGUAGAUAAGAGUCCAGGAGAGGAAGUGCACAGUGGUCGACUGUGAGUAAAACUGAAGUGAAGAUAAGAGGGAAAGAUGAGAUAAAUAGCGUAUACUUCUUUUGUGAUUUAAAUGAAAUGCUGUAAAGCAGUAUAAUCAAAUGAAGGCUAACUGAACAGUAAUGCAAACAACUAAAUCCUCCAUAAUGUUUGGCUUUUUCAAUUUAUUUGACAGUAUCAGAAUGAUACAUAAGUGGUUACGAGUAAAAUUCUUCCAAAAAUAUUUUUGCUCAACUAUUGUGUGUUUCAUGGAUUUGUUUGCCCUAUUUCAUGUGCAGAGGUGAAUCAGUGUGUUUAAUAAAUUUGAAUAUUUGAUGCGAGAAACUGGUUUGAAAGUGCACAUUCUAAAAAAAUACCCUUAGUGGGAUUUUUUACAAUUACAUCUUUGGAAAUACAUUUUUCUUUCUCUUGUGUUUAUUAAGUUACGUUCACUUCUGCCAGAUAACAGUGCAUCUAUUCUGGUGAACACAAAAUGAUAAAAGUAAAUGAGUAACAUACUGUGGCAAUUAGUAUGAAGUUAACAAAUUCAAAUGAAUUUAUUGUAUAUUAUUGGACAUUGCUCAACAGUGUUGAUGAUACUGAUGUCCAUUAGUGUUUCUCUAGUACCUGUAUCAUCUGGAGUUAAAAAUUAAUUUUAUUUAUAUCGUCCUUUGCUCAGAAAUAUAACCAUACACGAUAAAAUGAGAAUAAAACUAAAGGACGUGAGCGCAGAGGAAGUAAAAACAAUAAAAUGGAAUAACAAAUGGAAAAAAGGAUAGAUACAGCCGUCUAGCAAACGGUUCCAAAAGCUUUUGAAACUGCAUUCUUAGUGUUUUUAAGUUCAGUAGGCAGAGAGGUCCAUAGUGUGAGGUCCCUAAUGGCAAAAACAGAACUGAAAAAAGAACAGAAAAGGCCUUUGGGACUAAAGAGGAAGAGCCUAAGAAAAGACACCAGUUGCUUUUGCAGAAGCUCUUCUAAAAGCAUUUUACACCUUUUACCAAAAACUGCGGUCUGGGAGUAACCAGCAGGGCAUGUGUGCAACAUCUCAGUGGUCCAUAGAGUCAUACCACAUAUGUAUUUAAGAAAGAGGAUGUCUAAGGCCACAAAAAUGAGCAAUAGUAGGCAAGUGUAGUCUUGACAGAUUAAUCUUUUUAGUGCAAUCAGCAGUCAAACAUCUCUGUUUUGUACCAGCUGGAGACGAUGGAGGAAGCACUGGUGCAGCUCAUCUGUCCUCAUUUGUAGUUCUUAUUGUCUCACUAGUGGCUUCUGAGGUGAUUUAGCCAGACAUUUCUGAUAAAUUCCCACAUGUAUUUAGUAAGUUCAACGUGACAUUCUCAGAAGCCUGAGGAGGAAGGCAAACUUCCGUCCUAUUAGCAGCUGGCUGGGCAAGGUGAAAACCAGUUUAUUUAAUGAUUGUGAAGCAGUCAAACCUGUAAUCUGGAAAAGCUGGAACCUGGAAUAUACAAUGAUUAAUUACUGCAGUGGUAUUCAUCUCUGUAAUAGUGUGUCAUAAACUAAAUACUGUAUGCAUUUACCGUAAGUCUAGAUGCUAUUCAAUAUUCUGCCACUCUUGUAAACAGAGCUGACCUGCAGUGCCUGACAGUCGUAGUGAAGUGUUAUAAAUAGAACAGCUAUGGUGAGAUUUCACACCACAAAGUCAAACUGCAGGCUUUCUCACACUCUGUUGUCUACAGCGAUCUUUCUGCGAUCAUUUCCGUGGUUCAUUUCAGUUCAUUUGGUAUCUGUAUUUUAACAAAACGGGGAAAUAUAGAAUAAUAGAAAUUCUACUGAAAUUAUUUGAAUUGUUUAAAAAAAUUGUUAAAAACUGUCUCUUUUUCACAGUGUAUAGUAAUUUAUUGUUACCCUAAAAGUGACAUGCAUGUAGCAUCUAGGCAAAGUAAUGUACUGCUCAUUAAAAGAUAGUAUUAUUUAGGUUUUCCUCUGUGACAAAACAGAUUUAUGAGAGUUGCCUACAACUGCAAGCUGUAGCAUAAAGGGAUCAAUUCUCAUUUCAUGGCUGGGACUGUAAUUUACAGAUAGUAAUCACUAGUUAAGGUUCUGACUUUGGCUUUUAACAGCUGAACCAAGCAGCUGCAGGCUGUUAGAUGGUGACAUAUUUACUGUGAGUGAUUUCAACACCUCUAAAUGCGACCUAAGUUUCAGCCAUGCAAUGCCGAGGAACCGGCUCCUCAGAAUGUGUCCAUUAGGACUUUCCACAACACGCAGAGGCACCUGACAGACUGCCUCUAUCGUAGCACAUGUGCAGGCCCUGAUGCAUGGCAAAACGUGCUGCUGGUACUUUACAAAGAACUGUGUUUCACCUCGUUCAACUUACUCCCACCUCUAAAUCUGAUGCAACAAACACAUGCUCAGAAUGGAAACUGAUGAUGAUUCUAGCAUGGAGAUAUUACGCCGAAUGUAACUUUGGAACGCAACUGUACUCAACGGUUGUGCAAGUUAACAGCAUCUUAAAAUAGGCUUUCCAUAAGUAUAUAUAUUUUUUUUACAAAUUAUCAUAUUAAACAAGCAGCUCCUUUCAUGAUUUAAGUCGUCUUUUUCUAAAUGCGAAAACAACAAGUAAUGUGUAAAUGUAAGGUUGUUUUGUGUUGUUUACCUGUGGUGUCCCAUCCUUAAACUUCUUUGUGUUGUCAUUUUAUAGAUGAGCCUUGUUUUGUGAUUAAAAAAAAAAAAAAUGUUUAGUAGGAAUAAUGACGACAAACCAUCUUCCUAUGACAUCACCUGCGUCUUUGUUCCAGAUCAGGUCUAACCAAGAGCAUUGUUCAAUUUGUUGUGACUGGAUAAACACCAUCAUUUGAA